UCUUUUCGGCCCAACAGUCUCCGCUCUUGUGUGGAGUCCAGAGCGAAAAACGCACUUCUUCUGGUGCGGCCGGAGAGCGCAAAAGUUAGCUGCUCUCAGACCCUGAAGCGCACACCAUCUCUGGCUCACGCAGCUCCUCGAAUUUAACUUCACUGCGCGGGGGAGGGAAAAAAUUGAGUUUAUUAACAUCUCCCGGUGAAUGUUCCAGCCAUGGACGCAUUUCGAGUCAUUACGAUAUAUCUGGGCCUCCUCCUUGUUUUCCUUGGGAAUAUACCGUGUUUCCAGUCUGCUGCUAUCAUCUCUCCCUCUGCGCCGAGGAGGAACAGGGGUGCCAGGAUCCAUCACCAGGAUGGACAAAGCUCUUCCAAAUUCCUAAAAGACAUCUUCGCGUCCUCUCAUCCUGUCGCGGGACACCACAAAGAAGAUCUAAAGGACGCUAUUGUUCCGCAUGAGUACAUGCUCUCCAUAUACAGGACAUACUCUGCUGCAGAGAAACUCGGACUAAACGCCAGCUUUUUCCGCUCUUCUAAAUCUGCCAACACCAUAACAAGUUUUGUGGACAGAGGAACAGACGAUCUUUUGCACUCUCCUCUGCGAAGACAAAAGUAUCUGUUUGAUGUCUCAACCCUUUCAGAAAAAGAGGAGCUGGUCGGGGCGGAAUUAAGGAUAUUUAGGAGAGCGCCCGGUGAUUUGCAGACUUCCCUGCAGAAGACGGGCCUCUACGACAUUCAGCUCUACCCCUGUCGCUCAGACAAGCUGCUGGACUCCAGGUCCCUGGACCUGCUGGAUUCCACGAAAGCCGGCUGGGAAGUGCUGGACGUGUGGGAAGUGUUUAAAGCGCGCCAGCAUCAUUAUCACCACCCCCAUCGCUCUCGUCACUAUCAGCAGGAGAACCAGCUUUGCCUCCAGCUAAGGGUCACACUGGGCAAAUCGGACACCGAGGUCGACCUGAGGCAGCUGGGGCUGGACAGGAGCGGCCGGUCCCAGCAGGAGAAGGCCAUCUUGGUGGCCUACACCCGCUCCAAGAAGAGGGAGAACCUGUUCAACGAGAUGAAGGAGCAGAUCAAGUCGCGGAGGUCGGUCAGUGAGAAGGAAGUGAAGGUGGCAAAAGAGGAGGGGGUAUCUCCGCUGACUGGGGCCAAAGGAGAAGGGCCCAGGCGGCGGCGGAGGACGGCGCUGGGCAACCGGCACGGGAAGCGGCACGGGAAGAAAUCCAAAUCCAGGUGCAGCAAAAAGGCUCUGCACGUGAAUUUCAAAGAGCUUGGCUGGGACGACUGGAUCAUUGCACCCCUGGAUUACGAGGCUUACCACUGCGAGGGGGUGUGCGACUUCCCCCUGAGGUCGCACCUGGAGCCGACCAACCACGCCAUCAUACAGACGCUCAUGAACUCCAUGGACCCCAACAGUACCCCGCCCAGCUGCUGCGUGCCCACCAAACUCAGCCCUAUCAGCAUCCUGUACAUUGACUCGGGCAAUAACGUGGUGUACAAACAGUACGAGGAUAUGGUGGUGGAGCAGUGUGGGUGCAGGUAGCGGCCAUUAUUGUGAAAAAACAAAACAAAAAACAACAACAACAGAAGAUUGUUAAAGAUACUCUCAGUGGGUUCAAGGCUGAAGGUAGAAAGUCCUCAUGGGUCUCAAAGCGUUUUGACGCAUGAUGCGCCUUGUUUUUAUUCAAAAGGGAUGCGUGCGCACGCACACGCGCGCGCACAUACACACAAGCACACACAUACACACACGCACACACACACGAGGCCAUAUCUUUUAUUUAUUCAGACUCAGUCGCAUUAAAUUCCACUCUCUGCCUUAAAGUGUUAAGCACAAUAUUUCCCAACUAGGCGUCAAGUAUCAUAAAAUCGAUUUUUCUUGUUGUUUUUUUCCCAAAAAGUGCGAUGUGUCCACAUGGCACGAGGAGAAGGGCGUUCUGAUUGAGAUGGGGGGAACUAUUAAGUCCGACUGCGCACAUGUGCGUGCCGAGGACAGCGGGCUUUGCCUUUAAGCAGCGCUUUGUUGUAGCGUGUGAUCCUGGCAGCCUGGCCGGACUCUUUUGGGUAUGUGCAUCCAGGCCUCAAAUGUAACUGUCCAGCUGGAGUCAUUACAGACCCGAGCAAGUGCCCGUUGUAAAAAAACAAACAAAUAAAUUAAAAAAAAUGAAGGGGGUGAAUGUCUAAUCUACCAAACACAAACACAGACUGGUCUGAGGAGAGGUGAUAAGACGGUGGUCGUGAUGGUGGUGGUGGUGGCAAUGCCUUCAAAGAGAUUUCUUGUUUUUCCUUACUGGAGGCCAUCUGAAAGGCGCUGGGAGAGGGCGCAUUUACGGACAGAAAGGACACAAAAUCAGACUUAAUGCGUGAAUGAAAGAAAAAAAGAAAGAAAGAACACAUAACUGAGGCGUAAUUUCAAGCUCAAAAGUCGGCAUCUUUACGAAAUGCACUUCCACAACUGACUGCGCCAAGGACAUGUGGUCAGCUGAAUUCGUCUUCUCUGAUGACGAAAAAACAAAAUAUUAAAAAAAGACAAGAAAAAGAAAAAGGACUCGCAAACGAGACGUUAUUUAAAUGCACAUUAGCUUUGAAUGCACUGCUGUUCGUUUUCUUUUUGUUUGUUUGAGUUGUAAAUACUUGUACAGUCCCCCGCCCCAAAAGAACUCUACAAAGUGCAACGAAUGAAGAAAUGAGAAAACGGCAUUUCUUUGUAAAUGUACAAAAAUGCACUCAAAUCGGUAUAAUUUCUAUUCUAUAAUUAUUUUAUUAUUUGUGAUGUACAGAGUUUUCAUGAUAAUCAUAUAUUUCUUACGUGGAUAAGAGUAAUUUAAGGUGUAUUGAUAUUUUGCAGAGGGUGGAAAAUACCAUUAUUAAUGUCUACCUCAUAAUUGCAUAUAGGAGGUGCAUUCAGUUAGAGUGUAAAGAGCUUUUACAAUGAUAUAUAAGAUCAUUUAUUUACAUAUAUUACUGGCUAAUAUUCCACACCAUUACUGUACAAAUAAAAUUCAAAAGAAAGCCCACCAGUCUGGCCUUCUGAUGAUUGAUGCCAACUAUUCUCUUAAGAAAAAUUCUUUUGCAUUAAUUUGAUGUGUUUUUAAGUCCAGUAAGAACUUUGCAGGGGAUUAGUUUCUGGGGAAGCUAUGGGAAGGCAAUAAGAUGUCUUUUUAAUCUGUUGAUACACUAAAUUGCUUGCAUUACUGAUUCUUAAUCCCUUGCAUUUUCCACCCUUCAUUUUCAUUCAUUUUCCCACUCUCGCAAUAUUCUAUCUAUAUUCUAUAUUUAUCUUAAUAAAAUCCUUCCUCUCAUUACCUGAAGAAAAAAAGAAUCACCUGAUACUACUUCAUUAGAGUCUCUCUGAGUAGUUUUACUUUUAUUCCCUGAAUGAGAUGUACAAAGUGCAUCCGGUCCACAUACACGUUUCCUGGCAGGUCAGAUCUGGUCUUAGUGAACACGUUCUCAUCACAGACCACAAAUGUAAGUGUGCACUGACUGGAUGUGUCAGAAUUGCCCCACAUGGUGACCAUCCACAGCGAGGGGAAUCCACUGACUUGACUGUCGCUGAUAUGACACUGAAUGCAGCUAUUUCUCAAUGAAUUAGUCCUGCCUGGGUCAAGUUUACUUAAUACUUUAAUGUUUUCCAAUCUGUGGAUGAAAACAGGAAAAAAAAAGAAAGUAAAAGAAGAAAAAUAAAAAAGUUUGAAAGAAGGGAUAGCUUCCAUAGAGUGCUAUCGACCUUGGCCUGGAAACAAUUAGGAAAUUGCUUUGAAAAGUUAUAUGUUGUCCAGGCUCUUGUACAGUAUCAUGUCACUCCCCACAUGUUUGCUACGCGGAAACAGAGGAUGCUAAGUGCACUCUUUAGCGGCCGCUGCAAAUGACUGACACAACAAGCAUUCCCCUGAGUAUAACCAAAUGCCCCCCACCCCAAACAGGCCACAUGUCUGGAGAACCAUCAACGGGGCGCUACUGUGAGAGAUACGGUGCACCACCACAGGACUCUUUUCCGCACCAGAGAUGAAGACUUUGCAGCUGAUUGUGGAUUAGAGAAACUGUAAAGUUGCUCAAUCAAGUUGAAAUUUCUAAGCUAUUGCGUAUUAACUCGUGCAGUAAACCUUUGCUGUUUGAUUUAUAUUUAUUUGACAAGUCCCUCGGUCUGGUGGGCACUGGCCUGGAGGUGAGACGGGAUUUUAAGGGAACAGUUAAAUGGCGAUGAAAGGGAAAGGAAUGCUUUGUUUACCCCGCUUCAAUCCCUCACUCUUAAGUUGAACGUUCCUAUAAAGUUCUCCAUCACAACUGCGUUAUUGUCCCUCCAUCCACACCGAGCACAGAGAGAGAGAGCGAGAGAGCACAAAACCAGAGUUGUGUUUAUUUGAAACUCGGUCCUAAUACAUUAGUCUAAGCAAACCAAAACUGGCAAAGAGAGGGGUCCUUUUCAUCAGAAAUGUGGAGAAUGUAUAACACAAAUAGUCUUGACACCCCACAUCUGUGCAUGGAGGCUCCUCUUGAGAGAACUGUAAGGCUGCCCAAGUGAAGAUCUACAAGGUGCUGUACUCAGUGAAAGCCCGGGAGCGUCUCCAAGAGUUUAGAAAAUGUCUCGGCUCUUCUGGAGACAUAAAUGCUCCUCAUACUUAACGGCUCUCUUAUCAGUGAUGCCCUAAGCAGCGACAGGAAAGGCAUAAAUCACACUGAUCGUCCAGACAGCAGGGGACCUCUAAGCGAGUACAAAAAUGUAUUAAACCGGCAUUAAGAAGCAUUAGAAAAUGCUCUGCGAAGGCUUAGAUGCUGUGCUUUGACUUGCUCACCGGAGACAUGAAAACACAGAUGAGAAUGCUUAGAUUUGGCCGAGGUCUGACUUUUAAACUGCUACUGAUACACUCCAGUAAGAAUACAGUCAAUUUAUUUAACAGUUUUAUUUCCUCACAUAUAAUUUAUUUAUUUGACCUCCAUUUCCGGUUUCCCAGAUAGUGUCGUCCCUUCAAUAAUAAAGCCAGACAUUUCUUUCCAAGGCAGUGCAAGGUGGUGCUUCUCUGGGUUCAAACAGACGCAGAAUAAAUUGACUCUCACAGACUUACCCCACAUUAUUCAGCGAGUGUGAGCCUCUAGACGUAUCUGUGUAUCUGUGAGCGCGUCUGAGUGGACAGAAGGGCAACGGCACACACAGAUGGGCAGAUGAGUGGUGCAGGAGAGGAGCAGAUGCCUGAAGUGACCCCUACUGCUGCCUUUCAUUGAACCACUGGCUCAAACACAAAGGCGGGGGCUGGCCCCUAAACAUUUAAUACACUUGCCUCUGCUUUAAUGC